UAACAGCCGGGACUCCAUUUUGUUCGCCGCUUCUCUGCUCGGAAGUCGCUUCUGGCCGCGGCUUGUCUGAGGCGAGAAGUUUAAAAAGGCUGAAAGUUUUAAGGAGUAUUCUGGAGUUCCGUUGAUAGGCGCAGCGGUCUCCACUCGCGUCUCCCCGGAAGUCGUCGGUCCCGCGGCCCCGAAGCAGCAGAAGAUGCGGCCCCUGGACGUGGUGGAGCUGGCGGAGCCCGAGGAGGUGGAGGUGCUGGAGCCCGAGGAGGACUUCGAGCAGUUCCUGCUGCCGGUCAUCCACGAGAUGCGGGAGGACAUCGCGGCGCUCACCCGCGAGCGCGGCCGGGCCUACCUGCGGACCCGGGGCAAGCUGUGGGAGAUGGACAAUAUGCUCCUCCAGAUCAAGACGCAGGUGGAGGCGUCGGAGGAGAGCGCGCUCAACCACCUCCAGAACGCCGACGACGGCGCGGCCGCCAGGGGCGAGAAGGCCGAGGAGAAGGCCAGGGAGAUGGCCAAGAUGGCAGAGAUGCUGGUGGAGCUGGUGCGGCGGAUAGAGAGGAGCGAGUCGUCGUGAGCGGGGCCGGCGGUUUACAGCCAGUGGAUCUGGUCAACUGAUGGAGAUUGGCUGACACCCUGGAGAAGUGGAAACCAGAGAGCCUGUUGUUUUCUCUGUCUCUCUUCUUUUUUUUUUCUUUUUCUUCUCUACGUUCUGUCUUCACUUACACUACGUUUCUGCUAUGGUCUGUGGUUGAUGACCUCAAUAUGAGUUUUGAUUGUUGAGUGUUUUUGUUUUGGGAAAUAACUUUUAUUUGGAAAAUGUGCUCAUGCAAGGGAAUUAGGGCCUAGAUUGUAAGCUCUUGUAGCAGUCACAUUUGUUCCUGGUCUUUGGUUAUUAUUUUUUAAAAUUUGAGGUGCUUUGCUCUUUCUUGUGUGACCUGGUAAGCUCCCUGGAACUUUGGGUCUCUGUGACACGUGAGACUUGGAGUUGGAGUUCUCCAGCUCUGGAGGUGCUGGAAGAGCUGCAUCCGUUUGGAAGACAUCUCCCUGCAGCAACUGCUGAAGAAGCUGAAGAAGGGACCAGACUUCAGUUCGGGGUGUGAAUGGGCUGAUCUGGCUGGGACUGAGAUGAAUCAGAAGCCGGGCUGGAGGAUGGCAUUGUCUGUAUUUUGGGACUUCAUUUCUAUAUGAGACCAAAGGAGGAGAGAUGUAUUUUGUUCAAAAUUCAUAUUAUCUGUGGCACAUUACCUGAUGUAACCUGUCUGGUCAGUUUAUUUGAACAGCCUAACUCAGCUUUAUUUGACAUAGAAACUAGAAUAGCAGAUGAGAUUUUGGUAUUCUGUACAGGGGGGUUCUGGGCAUAAAAUGAAAGAAGUAUUUGCAAAGGCUGUUGAGGGCUGGAGAAGGGAAGCAUGGAAUUGUCUGCAUUGGACCCUAAACUGGACAAGGAAGAGGCAUCUUCAAGGUUUGUAAGUUGUCCAGCUGUAAGUUCAUUUGAGUCGCAGACCUGACAAAUAUUUGAGGUCAAAACCCUGCCAUGUUUAAAAAAAAAAAAAAAA